AUGCUGCCGAAGUUUGGCCCCAAGGAGAUCAAAGUCGCGUACCUGAGGUGCACCGGGGGUGAAGUCGGUGCCAUGUCUGCACUGGUACCCAAGAUCGGCCCCCUGGGUCUACAGGCCCAGAUUGAGGUGGUGCCUUCUGCCUCUGCUCUGAUCAUCAAAGCCCUCAAGGAACCAGCAAGCGACAGAAAGAAACAGAAAAACAUUAAACACAGUGGGAAUAUCACUUUUGAUGAGAUCGUCAACACUGCUCAACAGAUGUGGCACCGAUCUUUAGACAGAGAACUCUCUGGAACCAUUAAAGAGCUCCUGGGGACUGCCCAGUCUCUGGGCUGUAAUGUUGAUGGCCGCCACCCUCAUGAAAUCAUAGAUGACAUCAACAGUGGUGCUGUGGAAUGCCCAGCUAGUUAA